AACAUACGAAGUGCGAGAUUUUACUAUGAUCCGGUUUGCUUAUCGAGUAGAUUUUUGCCUCUCUUGUGCAGAGCGCCCCGAAACACACACACAUCUCCCUCUGUCCUAUAAAUAAUUCCGAGUCCUUCUGAGGCUUUAAUCUCCCUGCACCUACUGUUCUUUCUUCCAUUUCAUUCUUUACCUCAAAACACACACAAACACACAGAGCAGGGAGAGGGGAUACAGCAAACACCACAACAUUCAAAGAAAGCAAGUGAAAUUAGCCUCCUUAACAGGACUCACAAUGUCAGUUCUCAAAGCCGAUGAUCCACGUAUUCCAGCCAUUCAAUCAAGAAUCCGCGUUGUACCCAACUUCCCGAAACCAGGGAUAAUGUUUCAAGACAUCACCACACUCUUACUCGACCCAAAGGUCUUCAAAGACACCAUUGAUUUGUUCGUUGAGCGUUAUAAAAGCAAGAACAUUUCUGUUGUUGCUGGUGUAGAGGCUCGCGGCUUUAUAUUUGGUCCUCCUAUUGCAUUAGCAAUUGGAGCAAAGUUCGUUCCAUUAAGAAAACCAAAGAAACUUCCAGGUAAAGUUUUCAGACAAGAGUAUGACUUGGAAUAUGGAAGCGAUUGUCUCGAGAUGCAUGUUGGAGCGGUGGCUCCUGGUGAGCGUGCCUUGGUAGUUGAUGAUCUGAUUGCUACCGGAGGCACUCUCUGUGCAGCCAUGGACUUAUUAGAACGUGCUGGUGCUGAAGUGCUCGAGUGUGCUUGCGUCAUCGAAAUACCAGCUCUGAAGGGACGUGAGAGAUUGAACGGCAAGCCGGUAUAUGUACUUGUGGACUCGCAAUAGUACUCUCAGACGGGGAACGUGACGACAUCUGUCUCUAUACAUGAGAACUCUAUUGUUUGGACUAUCAUCUGGAAAUUUUCCAUUUUUACCUCUCCAUUUCUCUGAUUAAUUCUCAUUAUUCAGACAGUUGAUUCUGCGUAUCAGUCUAGGAAAUUUAUGGCGAAAAGGCUUCUUAUUGAAUACAUUUCCUCAAUAUUUCUCCCCUA